UGAAAUAUUCAUGGCAAUGGUAGUUAUUACAGCCAAUUUCAAGCAAAGGACCAAAAACAACCCUUCAAACAGAUCAUGUUUUAACUGUCUUCAGACAUCCCAGGUCCUUGAACCUGAUAUUUUUGGUGACACAAUGGUGGGAGAUGAGAUGAGAAGAGGUAUCUCUGGAGGUCAAAAGAGGAGACUGAGUACUGGUGUCUCCUUCCUUGGUGGCUAUCGGCGAUAUGACUCCAGUGGAGUCUGCUCUAGUAACCGGCUGCACGGCUGCAGUUACCGAUCAAUUUGAACUGAGCCAUAACAACCAUAUGCGCCCUCUCCCUUCUGUAACCUUUUCAAAAUCAUUGAGGUACUUCUAGUUCUAUUGCUGGCAUUUAGGUCAUUUUCAUCGUUUUAAGUACUUA